AGAGUUCAGAUCAAUCACUUCUCUCUCUCUCUCUCUCUCUCUCUCUCUCUCUCUCUCUCUCUCUCUCUCUCUCUCUCUCUCUCUGUCAGUGUGUGAGUUCAGGAAAAUGGCCGAAGCUAGUAUUUCAGUAGAUCAGGAUCAGUUCAUCUGUCCAGUUUGUCUGGAUCUCCUGAAGGAUCCGGUGACGAUCCCCUGUGGUCACAGUUUCUGUAAGGUGUGUAUUAAUGAUUGCUGGGAUCAGGAAGAGAAGAGCGGAGUGUAUCGCUGUCCUCAGUGCAGAGACACUUUCACUCCGAGGCCUGUUCUACGCAGAAACAACAUGCUGGCUGAAGUGGUGGAGAAACUGAAGAAGACUGAAGUCCAAGCUGCUUCUCCUGCUCACUGUUACGCUGGACCUGGAGAUGUGGAGUGUGAUUUCUGCACCGGGAGAAAACACAAAGCCGUCAAGUCCUGUCUGAUGUGUCUGGCCUCCUUUUGUGAAACUCAUCUGAAACCUCACUAUGAAGUUCUUGCUUUGAAAAAGCACAAGUUGGUCGAAGCUUCUGGAAAUCUACAAGAGAAGAUCUGCUCUGAGCAUGAUAAAGUGCUGGAGGUCUACUGUCGUACUGACCAAAGCUUCAUCUGUUAUCUGUGUAUGACGGAUGAACACAAAAGCCACGACACCGUCUCAGUUAAAGCGUACAGAACUGAAAAACAGAGAGAGUUAAAGGAGGAGCAGAUGAAAUCCCAGCAGAGAAUCCAGGAGAAGCAGAAGAAGGUGCAGGAGCUGAAACAGACUGUGAACACUAUAAAGCUCAGUGCACAGACAGCAGUGGAGGACAGUGAGAGGAUCUUUACUGAGAUGAUCAGCUCCAUGGAGAAAAGGCGCUCGGAGGUGACGGAGCUGAUCAGAGCUCAGGAGAAGGCUGAACUGAGUCGAGCUGAACGACUCCUGGAGCAACUGGAGCAGGAGAUCGCUGAUCUUCAGAGGAGAGUCACUGAGCUGGAGCAGCUUUCACACACACACGAUCACCUCCACUUCCUCCAGGAACUAAAGUCUGAUCUCCGUGAGGACUCGCGCAGCGUCACUGUCAAUCAACAUCUCUCAUUUGAUGGAGUGAGGGAAUCUCUCUCUGCUCUGAAAAAGAGACUCGAGGAAUUCUGCCAGGAGGAAUUCAUCAGAAUCCCUGAACACGCUGCAGCAGUUCACAUCAUUUUACCCCCAGAACCAAAGAGCAGACAAGAUUUUCUGCAGUAUUUCUGUGAUCUGACUCUGGAUCCCAACACAGUAAAUAAUUACCUCAUUCUGUCUGAGAGGAACAGAGCGGUGACGUACAGUGUGAGAAAGCAGCAGUACUCUGAUCAUCCAGAGAGAUUUGACUCCUACACUCAGGUGUUGAGUAAGGAGAGUGUGUGUGGACGCUGUUACUGGGAGGUGGAGUGGAGCGGUGAUGUGCACAUAUCAGUCUCAUAUAAAGACAUCAGCAGGAAAGGAUGGGGUAAUGAGUGUGUGUUUGGACACAACAAUCAGUCCUGGAGUCUGCAGUGUUAUUCUUCUUCCUCUCUCUUUUUCUAUCACAACAACAUUGAGACUGAUCUCGGAGUUCCAUCGUCCUCCAGAAUAGGAGUGUAUGUGGAUCACAGUGCAGGAACUCUGUCCUUCUACAGCGUCUCUGACACGAUGAAGCUCCUUCACAGAGUCCACACCACAUUCACUCAGCCUCUAUACGCUGGGUUCGAGCUCUACUGGAAUUUAAUCUCUGAAUCAGGAACAACUGUGAGGUUGUGUGAUCCAACAAAAUAAUGAUUUGAGGUGUUUUAUGGUCAGUAAUUUGUCAGUAAAUAAAACUCUGUGCACAUUUCCUCAUUGAUCCCCAUCUGUGAAAUAAAUGUUCAUAUUAAAUCAGUAAAAACACUAAAGAUUAAAACGCUGCAUUUCGACUCGGCCUAGGAUCAUCAGUUACACAUGUAAAGGGAAUGAAAGUGUAAGAUCUGAAUGUAUUCCCAAUGACGUAUAAAAGUUCUACUGAUUUCUGAAAUUAGUGAAGUGAAAUGUCUAAACUCUCUAUAAAUCAAAUCUCUUUAUCAAAUUGGAGAGAAUUUUUAAAGGAAAUUAAAUGAAAUAUUUUGAGCGACAGGAGCAGUGCAGUAGGUAUGUAGCUAGGGAAUCAAAAUGGCCACCUAGUUACACGUUGCAUUAUGGGUACCUGUAUAGGUUGCAGUGAUGUCUGUGAAAGUGAUGAUGAUGAUGAUGAUGAUGAUGAUGAUUUAUAUUAAAAUAUCUGUAUCCAGUUAUUUGCCUAAUCUAAACUAUGUGCACUCAGGGCUGUUUUUGUUCUGACACAGUGGGAGAGCUGAUGGUGGCGGGGAUGUUAGUUUAAAUUAGUUAGUAAUAUUGUCAUUUUUUACAAAUAAUAAAGCCAUUUGUAGACACUGACGUUAUGUAAUGAGUGUGGGUUUGGAGGCAACAAUCAGUCCUGGAGUCUGUGGUGUUCUUCUUCUUCUUCUCUCUUUUUCUAUCACAACAACAUUGAGACUGAUCUCGGAGUUCCAUCGUCCUCCAGAAUAGGAGUGUAUGUGGAUCACAGUGCAGGAACUCUGUCCUUCUACAGUGACUCUGACACGAUGAAGCUCCUCCACAGAGUCCACACCACAUUCACUCAGCCUCUAUACGCUGGGUUCUGGCUGCCGUAUCGUGGAUCAACUGUGAGAUUACGUGAUCCAGAAUGAAAUAUCAGAAAUGUGAUUUUUAUUGAAUUAAAAUGAGCAACUUUACUUUUUUAUAUCAAGCUUAAUUCCAAUGUAAUAUGAGGCAUUUAUUUGUGAUUUCCCAGUUUUCCUUUAUAACAUUAGAUCUUUCUUUCAGUAGAUUUUAAUGUUAUACAGUAGUGCUUGAAAGUUUGUGAACCCUGUAGAAUUUUCUGUAUAUCUGCAUAAGACCUAAAACAUCAUCAGAUUUACACAAGUCCUAAAACAAGAAACUAUUACACUUGGUCAUUUAUUUAUUGAGGAAAAUGAUCCAAUAUUACAUAUCUGUGAGUGGCAAAAGUAUGUGCACCUUUGCUGUCAGUAUGUGGUGUGACCCCCUUGUGCAGUAAUAACUGCAGAUAAACGUUUGCGGUAACUGUUGGUCAGUCCUGCACAUCGGCUUGGAGGAAUUUUAUCCCGGUCCUCAGUACAGAACCGCUUCAACUCUGGGAUGUUGGUGGGUUUCCUCACGAACUG